AACUGUCAUCGGUUUGAAAGAAUCAAAAUAAACAACUGUCUGCCGUCUGCUCAGCACCGUUGCAAUAGACAACCGUUUUUACAGCAAAAUAAUGGAUAAAGAUACAUCGCGACACAUAACAAUUUGUAAAUCGCUGGAGGAAGUACGCACACUGAAUGCACAGAACGAUAAACUGCUAAAAGCUUUCGGCAUCGAUGCGUUCACGUUUGCCGACUCGGUACAGGAGCUGCUGGACCAGUUCGCACAGAUACGGCUCCACACGGGGCUAUGCAUCGACGGGCCGCACAUGUCGUUUCUGGAGGAGUUUCUUUACCAGCGGGAAGCAAAGCGUCUCGAAGCCAAAACACAAUCCAUUACGCUACGUUCGGAUGUCGCCUCGCUACGGCUACAGUGCGACAGUGAGACGAAGGAAGUGAACCGGCUUGAGAGCUUCCUCGAAGAGGCACAGAAACUUGCAACAUCCACCGAUGAGUUUGAGAAGAAAAAAGCUAACCAGGAAAAGAACCAUGAAGUUGUCAAAGGGAAGCUGGAAUCACUUCCAAGCGUACCGGACGACAUCAAUUUGGACGAGCUGAUUGUGAACGUUCGCCUGCUAGAGGAGGAGGAUGCUGGACGGCGCGGCGGUGGGGAUAAGUGAGCACACAACCGCUAAAUAAUAGCAAACAUGCAGCGACAUAUUCAUACCGAAAACGGGAAUUCACAGACGAAGCAGGCGGGGAAAAGGCGUCAGUAGUCAAUAAACAAAACAAAUGCCAGUCCUUUA